CCAAGAGUCUCAGCUGCGGAUGGAAAAACACAUUUUGCUCUCCGCCGUUGAUUAGUCAGUAAAUCAAGCUGAAAAGUCGGUUCCGUGAUAAGAGGCCAGCGAUUGUCGGUGAAGGAUUCAACGUUCUUGAUUCAGUCCGUAGCAUUACCCAGCAGAUAGCAGCCUCGCGGCAAAAUAAGGGCUCUUAUUCGUCCUGUGAAACCAAAAAGAAAAUGCAUCCGCUUCGUGUGUCGUUCGUUUGCUUGCUGGUGGUGGCAGGACUGGCAAUUUGCAAUGCUCAAAACGAAACCACAACGGUAAAACCUACGACGCCAACCCCGGAAACGACCACAACGCCAACACCCAGCCCAAACAGUACCACCACUACAAGCACGACGACGAUGGCACCGACGACCACAACCGCGGUGCCACCGACUCCGAAACCGGUGCCGGAACCGGAGAUGGGUAUGUGGAGCUACGCUGAAAGCAACCGCACCUGCGUUAUCGUUCAAAUGGCCAUGCAGUUCAAUUUGAGCUACUUCGACACCGCCAACAAAAUGGCCAACGUGCUGUACAACAUUCCGAAGGACGCGCGGGUCAAGUCGGGUGCGUGCAUGAACUCGUCGGACUACAUUGAGCUCAGCUGGUUCAGCGGUAACCAGAGCAACGUGGAGAACACUUUGAAAGUUGCGUUCGUGAAGAACGCGACCGAACAUGACUUUGCCCUCGCGGGACUGCAGCUUAACUUGCUCGUCGUGGGCGAAUCUUUCCCCAACGCCAAGGCGAAUCAAAGUUUGCAGCUGACCAACAAUGCGACGCUGUUCAAAACGCCGCUCCAAAUGUCGUACCACUGCAGCAAGCCCCAGCUGCUGAACAUGACGUCCGCCACCGCUGGCCUCGGCCAGCCCACGGUGACGGUGACGAAGGUCCAGCUGGAGGCGUUCCACGAGAAGAAGGACAAAACCUUCUCGAUCGCCAAAGACUGCGAAGCCAUCGAUACGCCCGACAUCGUGCCGAUCGCCGUCGGGUGCGCUCUGGUCACGCUGAUCAUCAUCAUGCUGAUUGCCUAUCUGGUGGGCCGCAACAAUGUGCAGGGACAGGGAUACCUCAGCAUGUAAGGUGCCGCGUACUAAAAGCCAUCCUGUUGUGCAGAAUGAGGGGAAAGAACCAAUGCAGUGUGGUCACUUUCUGUUCCUGCUGUGUUAGGGACGGCGGUGUCCAGUUAUUUUGUUGUUUGAAAAUAAUUUCACACGAUCGAAUGUUUUUGUUUUGCUCAACAUAUCCCAUUUGACGCAAUGGUCAUUUGGUGUUGAUGGCCGUUAUCAUCCCCCCCGCCUGAGCAUGUGUGAUAAAAAAGGCUACUUGGAUAUUUUUUCUUUCACCGUUUAGUACACAAAUCGGGUUUAUUUUUCUUUCUCAUGUCCCGAUACAGUACGGAAAAGCAUUCGCAUCCAUCAAUUAACACAGCAACGACACAGAGCAAAGACCCGAAUGGAUCUUGUUGAAAUUUCCGAAACUUGUGCGGUGAACCGGGCGUUAGGCGUUAGGCAUUCGACUGAGUGAUUACAAAUGUGAAACGGUUAAAGCAAGUACAAGAAGCAACCUUUAUUGUGGCAUUACAGUGCAAACAUAUGAACAUCAAUUGAAGAAAAUCUGGCUGAAUUGGAAAGAAAUGAUGCGAAAAAGGGCACACGGAUAUACAUUCAUACGUCCGAGCACGGUUUUCGCUGCAAAUACUGUCUGUAAUAAUAGAGUAAUUUUUAUGAAACAAUAAAUACACAUUGAAACGUA